UAUAAGUGCAAUAUUCCUUGCUGAAAUAGUGUGUGAAAUAGAGGUCACAAUUUGUGAUGGACUAAGAUUGUGUUGGACUAAGAUUUUGGAUUUUGGGCCUAACAGACUUCACAGACUGCUCGGAGAUUUUUCGUGGUAUCUCAAAACCAAACAAAUAAUAAAUAUAAAAAAAAAUCAACUCCAAAACCCUAUGUGGAUGACUAGAAAACCCCCAAAUUGUGAUAAAUAAAUUGCAUUAGGGUUUCUAUCGGAAUUAUCUCCUCGCAGCAGCUCGUUUUUCUAUCCGUAAAGCGUUGCUUUCUGUGACUGGUGUUAGGGCUUGGGAGACAGAAGAUGGAAGCUUCGAGUGCUGAAUUUGCGGCGGGGGAGAGGCUUUUGAGCUCGGCGUUUGAGGUUCUUCUGCUUGAAACCUCAACUGCCCUGGCGAAGUCCCUUUUUUAUUUUCUCCUCACGUUUUCUUAUGAACAUCCGAAUUUUGGGUUUAUGGUUUCAAUUGGAAUUGCGAUAAAUCCAGACGAUUUACUACUAUACAGUUUCGUAAAAUCUUCGGUGGCACAAUCCAUAUGCAAUGCUACUGAACUGCAUCUCCCCAGAAACCCAAUGGCUCCAGAGAGGGUUUCAUUAACCGAAGUCAACAAGGAGAAUAAGUCUUCGGGACCCGAGAACAGAGAUGGCAGUGAGGAUGAAGACGAGGAUGAUGAUGAUGACGAGGCUGAAGGCGAGCCGGAUGACGAGGAUGAUGGUGGAGAUGAAGAUGACGAGGAUGGAGGUGAUGGGGAUGAUGGUGACCCGGAAGAUAAUCCCGAGGCCAAUGGAGAUGCCGGAAGUGGUGACGAGGAUGAUGACGAGGAUGAUGAUGAGGAUGAUGACGAGGACGAUGAUGAGAAUGAUGACGAGGAUGAUGAGGAAGAAGAAGAGGACGAUGAGGAUGAGGAGGUCCCACAACCACCGACCAAGAGGAGGAAAUAAAAAUGAAACAUGUUUUUUCCAAUUAUGGCAUGUCCUUUUGUUUAUUUUGUACUUUUUUUUCUUCUGUGUUUGACAAGGGUAUGAAUAGGAUUGAGGAGGAUAAUGGUGGUCUUGUGUCCAUGACAAGUCUUAGUAUGCUAAUAUCUGUGACAUUUGAGUUUAUUGUCUCUCAUAUUGACCUUAUCUAAAUAUACCCCAGUUACCGUUUAUUUCUUUUGGAUGUUUAGAUGCCUUGUGUUAGAUUUUCGGUGCGGAUGUUUCAUAUAGUCCGUCUAAAAUGGAGGCUUCAGAAAAAGUCGUGCAACUUGUGAAUUUUUGGUUAAUUUGUUGGUGUAUUUGUUUGAUGAUUUUUGAUAAAGAUGUU